GUUCAUUAAUAUAUCAUGUAAGAGUUGUGAGUUUGGGUGUGAAGAUAGAUAUCCUCGUCGUCAUUGUUCAACUACGCACCAGCAUCUCCGAUUCAUUAGGAGAGUUCUUUCCUCCCAAAUCAGAUUUCGAUCAUCGUCAAGAAAACGCUACUGUAACCUGAAAAAACCCUCAAUUUUUUCUUGGCUACUAACCUUCUACCCUCGAUCCCUGCUCCGAUUCGUAACACCUAACGCAAUUCGAUCGAUCUGUUCAAGAAAAUAUAGGCUUCCCAUCAGUCGAAUUGUCAUGGAAUGUACAUAACGUGGCUUAAAACUUUCUUUCAGGCAUAUCAUCGAGCAUUUGGUGUGCUUUCGGACAGACUAAAUUGUUGGAUCGUGACUAAAUUGGAGUAAUGUCGCUCCCGUUAAUGAAGCUUGGGACGCUUGCACUAAGAACCCUAAGCAAACCCAUUGCCAGUAGACUUAAAAAAGAAGCCGCCAUUAACCCCAAAUUUCGAACCUCCAUUAUCGGCAUUGCUCAGGCAAAUCAUAGGCUCACAACAACGUUACAAAGGAGAAUAUAUGGACAUGCAACGGAUGUUGAGAUUAGACCUUUGAAUGAAGAAAGAGCUGUUCAAGUAGCUGGGGACCUUAUUGGAGAGCUUUUUGUUUUCACGGUUGCUUGUGGUGCGUUGAUUUUUGAGGUGCAAAGAAGUGCUAGAUCAGAAGCUAAAAGAGAAGAAAUUCGUAAGCAAGAAAUAGAGAUUAUGAGGCAACGAGAUGAAGAUAUAGCAAAACAAAUGGAGUUUCUGAUGAAAAAGCUCGAAGAACUUGAAAAAGUCAUUAAAGGAAAAACAUUGACUAGUAGUCAAACCAACAACGUCAAGUGAACAAAAUCAUUCUCUUGAUUUUUGUUUUUCUAACCAUUGAUUUGGCUACAAAAUAAUUCAAUUAUAUUUGAUUCUUGACUGAUGCGUAUUCGACAAAGCUCUUUACAUCUAUAAAAAAGGUUGUUUCCAUAACUCAAAUAUAGACCGAUAACAAUUUACACGACAAUUUUGUAGUGGUUUUCUUUUUGGAACAGAUAAUGUAGCUCAUUUUUGCGUUCUUUCUUGAUUGAUUAUGUUAAAUAAUAUAACGUAGGUGGAAUGGAAAUCUCUUCAUUGCAUUAUUGAUAUGCUCAUGGUAUAAUUUUGCAAGAAAGAAGCACAAGAUGCUUAUUCUCUUCAAUAGUUGUUAUACUCUUGAAAAAGUCGGAUAUAUUCUGAUCGAUCAUGUUAUAUACUUUUUUCUUACGUGG